GCCCGGGCCGGCCCAGCGCGGGCAGCGCCGCGGCAGCAGCGGGGCCGGCCCCUCCUGGCUCCGCCCCGGCUCUUUAAGGCGCCGCGGGGCCGGCCGUGCUGAGGCGCGCCGAGCCGAGCCGAGCCGAGGACCACCAUGCCGAACUGGGGAGGUGGCAACAAAUGCGGUGCCUGUGGCCGCACAGUGUACCAUGCUGAGGAGGUGCAGUGUGAUGGGAGGAGCUUCCACCGGUGCUGCUUCCUCUGCAUGGUCUGCCGGAAAAACUUGGACAGCACAACUGUAGCAAUUCAUGAUGCUGAAGUUUACUGCAAAUCUUGCUAUGGGAAAAAGUAUGGCCCAAAAGGUUAUGGAUAUGGCCAAGGGGCAGGCACGCUGAACAUGGACAGGGGAGAGAGACUAGGCAUCAAGCCUGAGAGCACGCCUUCUCCUCACCGGCCCACCACAAAUCCAAACCCUUCCAAGUUUGCUCAGAAGUUUGGAGGGACAGAGAAAUGCUCUAGGUGUGGUGAUUCUGUUUAUGCAGCAGAGAAAGUAAUAGGAGCUGGAAAGCCAUGGCACAAGAACUGCUUCCGAUGUGCCAAGUGUGGAAAAAGCCUAGAAUCUACAACCCUAACUGAAAAAGAGGGAGAAAUCUAUUGUAAAGGCUGUUAUGCGAAGAACUUUGGCCCCAAGGGAUUUGGGUAUGGCCAGGGGGCAGGUGCCCUCGUUCAUGCCCAGUGAGGGGGCUAAAAAUGCCUUCCAGCUCUGCUGAGAUCCUGCCAGAAGAAACAAGAGAGUUUCCUAAAUGUUACUAACUACUGUGAAACAGAUACUAGUUACUGUAGUGUACCUUCAGCCAAUGAUUUUAAAAACAAACACACACACUGCUUUUUUUCCCUCGCCUUGUUUGUCACACUGUAACACUUUUAAUACUGAGUAUCAAUUCAAUAAAGCUUUGCCUGUUGAUGUACCCUAAA